CUCCAAUAUAAUAAGCAAAUUACUUUACAAGAUACCCAAAUCUCUUCAACUCUCCCUUUAGUUCUUGUAUUCUUCCCCUCUUUUGCUCAUCAAAUUUCUUCCCUUUUUUGCUUCCUGAAAUUAGUAAUCAAUGAGAUAUGCACACAAUGGCGCUUCAAUAUUCGCAUUCUCCGCUGAUUUGGGGUUCGAAUUUUGAGUUUAUAAGCAAAAGGGGUUAAGAAAAAACGCAGAGAAAUUGACGGGAGAUCAUGGAAGAUUCACGUGAAAUACAUUCCGAAGAUGAUAAAGGUCAUGUUGGGAAACUCAAGGCAAGAAUACUCAAGACGCCUGCACAAAUUGAAGGUCUAGAGAAAUUCUAUGAGGAGCAUAAGUAUCCUACAGAGUCAAUGAAAUUGGAGGUGGCACAGUCAUUGGGAUUAACAGAAAAGCAGGUUUCUGGGUGGUUUUGUCAUAGGCGGUUGAAAGACAAGAGGCUAUUAAGUCGGGAAACAAAUGCAAAAGGAAGACAAGAUCGUUCAAGUGGCGUCAUUCAGGACCGUGGCAGCGGUUUUAGGCAGGAUUCUUGUGGAAGUACUAAGCAAGGAGAUGAUAAGUAUUUUGAUCAUCGAGAAGUUGAGAGUAGAAGAUUAACUGGGCCAGAAGUAUCAGCUGUGGAUGUGACACGUGAAGUUGACACUAGGUAUAGAGCAGAGUCUAACCUCAUGGAGGACACACCUUCAGGAAGUAGCUCUUCCUUACGGGAUGCACGUUUUUCACAAAAUGUAGAAUCAUUUGAUAUGGCAACUUCAAGAUACCUACCAGGUAAUGAACCUACUGAUCUCAAGUAUGUGAAACCAAGGACUGGCCCAUCAGGGUAUCUAAAAGUGAAAGCCAAGGUAGAAAAUGCUUCAAUUACUGCUGUGAAGAGGCAAUUGGGAAGUGUCUACCGCCAGGAUGGUCCACUACUUGGUGUAGUAUUUGACCUGCUUCCACGGGGUGCUUUUGAAUCAUCAGUGCAAACUCCUGUUGACGACCCUGAAUAUGCUGGAGAACCUGUUCCAUAUCUUACACCAGAUUUCACUAAAGUCGACAAGCAAUCCAAUUCAUGCAUAAGGUAUGGAUCCAUUUCCAAGACAAACUCUCAUGGCUCUGAUUUGGAUGGUGCAAAUUUCAAAAAAUCAAACAAGUCUGCUCAUCCUGAAUAUUACAUUAACCAAAAGCCUGGUCGGAAUUCCUCUAUGCACAAUGGUGAUCGUUACUAUCUUGAGCGGAACUCGUCGAUAGAGAUGCACAAAGGUUCUGGAAGAGAAGUGGCAGUUGAUGGCAGAUGCAACUAUAAGCUUAUGGCUAAACAUGAUGGUGCAGAAAUAAAAACUAGUCCUGGCUCUAGUGGUGGUUUUCGAAGUUCCUACAGUGCAAACGUCAAUAGGGAGCAGGUGACGCCUAGGUUCACUAGCCGCAAUGGCGUGAGCCUUGAGAUUGCAGAGGAGGAAGAUCUUGAAUGCAAGCCUUCAAAUUUUUUCCAGAAGGGAAGUAAGCAUCGUUAUUGUCCAGAGAGAGAGCUCCCCAGUAAAGUUGAAAAGGAUUACAUCCAUGUAGACAGACCAACAGUUGAUGAAGAUUAUAAUGACGAUCGCGUGAAGAUACCCUGGGAGAAUGAAAUGAGGGCUGCCAAAAGAGCAAGGGACGAUGAAGCUCCUAACCAUCAAGAGUAUGUGAGGAAAGAAUCAGUGACUAGAAUGCCAUCCCAGACAAAUCAUCAGAUAAGGUCUGCUGCAGAGAUGUCAUCUAGCUUUAGUGAAGAUGACAAAACAGAAGAAACCAGUUCUUUUGAGGAUUGAGAGAUUUGCAGUUUCCAGAGAAAAGUUAAAAAGUCCAGAAGCUGUAGUGAUUCUUGAAUUCCUAUUUGUUGAUAGCAGAAGUUUCUUUGCAUUUGUACAGUUCAAAACAACUUAUAAUGCUCUCAUCAGUAUACCAACAUGUGAAAUUGAAGAACUUUGGUCUUUGUACAGUAA